AGUGGUUCCGGCCCAAGCAGUUGUUUCCUUCGCCCGAAAAGGACGCACCCAAGCCGUGGUCCGCCCUCCAGCCGUCUCAUGCCCUUCGGACCCUUUGCGCUCCGCUUCCACAAUGCUCGGCACGAGAAGCUGGUCCAUCGAGUCAUGUGCUUGGCUGGGACUGCCAUGGUCCUUGUGGUUCUCCGAUUCCUCUUGGCCCUUUGCGUGAAUCAAGAUGUCAUGAAGGAUUUCCAAAAGCAGCAGGAGCCAGCAGGACAGGAGAUCCUCGACAACACGGCCAUGAAAGUUGGAAUUCCCAUUAUUGGUUUGCUGUUUGCAUGCGUGAUCCCAUGCUGUGGCUACUUUGGUGCAAAAAACAACAACAGCACGGCUGUGUGCUUCUUUGCAUACUGUAACUGCUGUUUCGGUUUCAUUCAGACUCUUGCUGCAAUCCUUUGCGUGGUGGGCAUCGUUGCGAUGUCAGUGCUGAGUGAGCAAUGCAAGCCCGGGGUGGCCACAGACCCACAAGUUCAGGAGACAUGCGCCAACGUGCUGAACAGCUGCAAGUACAUGAAGAGUGAUCAUUUCGAUUUGCAGAACUACGAUGGAUGUUACGACCAUAUGAGCGAGCAGUUCUCUUUCGCCAUUGGGAUUCUCUCAGUGAUCUUGGCCAUCAACUGCUGCACCUGCUGCUUGGCAUGUGCAAGCUGCUGGUGGGGUCGUGAGCUACACACUUCCAUGCAGUUCAACGACAUUUGCAUGGACUCAUCCGAUGAUGACGUGUGAGGGCGGCUGAAGCGGAACGAGCCAGGGCGGCCUUCAACAAAUCGAAGAUGAACAAUAGACGACAAAAAAU